GUGACGAUGCGAUGACGGGCGAGACGGACAAGUACCUGGGUCCCCAGGACCUGCGCGAGCUCGGAGAUGACUCGCUCCCCCAGGAGGGCUACGUGGGGUUCAGCAUCGGGGCACGGACAGCAAGCCUGCGCUCCUUCAGUUCGGACAGGUCCAACACACUCAACAGGAGCUCUUUCACCCGCGACAGCAUGAUGAUCGAAGAGAUCCUAGCCCCCGCCAAGGAAUCGCAUCUUGCUGCAGCCAGGGAACUGGACACGGACUCUCUAAGGAGGUACAGCUGGGCAGCAGACACACUGGACAAUGUCAACCUGGUGUCUAGUCCCGUCCACUCAGGGUUCCUGGUCAGCUUCAUGGUGGACGCGCGCGGAGGCUCCAUGCGCGGGAGCCGGCACAACGGCAUGCGCAUCAUCAUCCCGCCGCGCAAGUGCACGGCGCCCACGCGCAUCACCUGCCGCCUGGUCAAGCGCCACAAGCUGGCCUCGCCGCCGCCCAUGGUGGAGGGCGAAGGGCUCGCCAGCCGCCUGGUCGAGGUGGGCCCAGCCGGAGCGCAGUUUCUGGGGCCGGUGAUCGUGGAGAUCCCGCACUUCGGCUCCAUGCGGGGCGCGGAGCGCGAGCUCAUCCUGCUGCGCAGCGAGAACGGAGAGACCUGGAAGGAGCACCAGUACGACUGCAAGAUCCAGGACCUCAACCAGCUGCUCAACGGCAUGGACGAAGAGCUGGAGAGCGCCGAGGAGCUGGAGAGGAAGCGCAUCUGCCGCAUCAUCACCAAGGACUUCCCGCAGUACUUCGCCGUGGUGUCGCGCAUCAAGCAGGAGAGCAACCAGAUGGGGCCCGAGGGCGGCCUGCUCACCAGCAAGACCGUGCCGCUCGUGCAGGCCUCCUUCCCCCAGGGGGCGCUCACCAAGAAGAUCAGAGUGGGACUGCAGGCCCAGCCGGUGCCCGAUGACGCAGUGAAGAACAUCCUGGGCAACAGGGCCACGUUCAGCCCCAUCGUCACCGUCGAGCCCCGCCGCAGGAAGUUCCACAAGCCCAUCACCAUGACGAUACCAGUCCCGCCGCUCUCGGGCGAAGGUGUUACCAACGGCUACAAGGGCGACUCCGCCCCUUGCCUGCGUCUUCUCUGCAGCAUCACAGGCGGCACGUCUCCGGCCCAGUGGGAGGACAUCACGGGCACGACCCCACUGACCUUCUUACACGACUGCGUCUCCUUCACCACCAACGUGUCAGCCAGGUUCUGGCUGGCGGACUGCCAUCAGAUCCCUGAGACCGUGGGCCUGGCCACCCAGCUGUACCGCGACCUCAUCUGCGUGCCCUACAUGGCGAAGUUCGUGGUGUUCGCCAAGAUGAACGACCCCGUGGAGUCCAGCCUGCGCUGCUUCUGCAUGACCGACGACAAGGUGGACAAGACCCUGGAGCAGCAGGAGAACUUCGAGGAGGUCGCCCGCAGCAAAGACAUCGAGGUUCUGGAGGGACGGCCUAUUUAUGUGGAUUGCUAUGGCAACCUGGCCCCUCUGACCAAAGCGGGCCAACUGCUGGUGCUGAAUUUUUACGCUUUCAAAGAGAACCGUCUGCCAUUCUGUGUGAAGGUGAGGGACAACAGCCAGGAGCCUUGCGGACGCCUGUCCUUCCUGCGAGAGACCAAGCCGACCAAGGUUAUCCCUCAGACAGCUGUUUGCAAUUUAAAUAUCACACUGCCAGCGCUUAAGAAGGAUAUGGAUUCAGAUCCUGAGGAAGAGACUGAAAAACCAGACAGACGUCACACCUUUGCAUCCCUAGCCUUACGUAAGCGCUACAGCUAUCUGAGUGAGCCUGCCACGAGCCCUCAGAGUCCCUGUGAGAGGACAGAUUUGCGUAUGGCCAUUGUGGCAGACCAUCUCGGCCUGAGCUGGACAGAGUUGGCCAGGGAAAUGAAUUUCUCUGUGGAUGAGAUCAACCACAUCCGAGUGGAGAAUCCGAACUCCCUGACGGCUCAGAGCUUCAUGCUCCUAAAGAAAUGGGUGAACAGGGAUGGUAAAAAUGCCACAACGGAUGCCUUAACCACAGCCCUGACAAACAUCAAUCGGAUGGAUAUUAAGACCUUGCUGGAAGGGCCAAUAUUUGACUAUGGUAACAUUUCAGGCACACGGUGUUUUGCAGAUGAUAACGCAGUUUCCCUGGAUCAGGCGGAUGGUUACCACAACAUCGAUUUGGAGAUGCAGACCCCUACCGAGUUGACCUAUGAACCCCCCACCCCGCUCCGUCACGACGAUUUCUUUAGCCUGGACCCCGCUAGCGUAGACCCCACACAGCAUAGCACCCCAGUUAGGCCCCGUGACCUCUCCCUGCCCGGCUCCCCCGGCCUGGGCUCGGGACUGGACGCGGCGUCCAGGGACGGCAAGCCCCCGACCGUGGUGGCGGAGGACACGUCCCUGGACAGCCACGGGGCCCCGGGAGGAGGAGGAGGAGCAGCGGAGGAGCUCUCCACCGAGGAGGACGCGCCAACGGCGGCAGAGGCGGAGGCGGCGGCGGCCGGCGGCCACGAGGAGACGUCCGCGGCGCCCCUCCCGCUCCGAGACGAAAACGAGGAAGCGGCGGCGGCGGCGGCGCAGGGCGAGUCAGAGGCACCCGCACGCAGCAGCAGCAGCAGCGGUGGCCAGAGAGAGACGGAGGCGGAAGGAGCCGGAGAGGACACGGGAGUCGCGGCGGCAGCGGCGGCGAUGGCGAUGCGGGAGCCCGAGGAUUGGGCGUCCGGGGCAAACACCCGCCCGCAAGUCGCCACGGGAGGAGGAGGAGGCGGCGGCGGCGGCGGCGGCGGAGUGUCUGGUCAUGCAGAGGAAGAAGAGAGGGAGGAGGAGGAGGAGGAGGACAACGAUGAGGGCGAGAUGACGCAGGAGAAGUUAAAGUCCCUGCUGGGGGACAUUAAGCUGGAGGAAGGCUCAGAGGAUGAGGAGAUGACCGAGGAGAAGGUGCAGGAGAUUCUCUCACAGGUGCAGCAGGCAGAAAAAGACUUGUCUUCACUUGCAGGUUGGCCGGGCGAGCACUCGGGAGCCGGGGAAACCGCGGUGACGGCGGAGGCGGUAGCGGAGGCGGUCGCCGAGGCAACCAGGUCACAAGGCAGCAGAGAGGCAACACCGGAGCGACAACGCAAAAGCCAGGAGGGUUCUGCGGAGGGUUCCCCGGAGGCGCAGACAGAGCGCGUCAAACAGAACGGAGAGCACGCCGAGGCCUCGGAGCAGCCUGAUGCCCACCAGCCGCACAGCCAGGCGGACGCCACCAGGGCGGCAGCAGAGGACAGCAGAGCGGAAGCAGGCAGCAAGGAGGCCGAUAGCUCCACUGGGCCUGAGAACCAAGCACAGGCUGGGGCUCGCAGAGCUGCUGACUCCAGCUCUGAUGAGGAGCAGACCAUCACAACGCGAGUGUUUCGGCGAAGGGUGAUUCUGAAGGGCGAGCAGGCCAAAAACAUUCCUGGGGAAUCGGUGACGGAGGAGCAGUUCACGGACGAGGACGGAAACAUUGUCACUAGAAAAGUCAUCCGCAAGGUCGUCCGGCGCUCUGCUCCCACUGAAGAGAGGAGCAAGAGCAGACGCAAGCGGGGCAAAGGUCGUCAGGGCCCCAAGGCCGAGCACCAGGAGGAGGAGCAGGCCAAGGCGCCCGCGCCCGCGCCCGCGCCCGCACCCCAGAGAGAACGCACUGAGUCGGGAGAAGGAGCCAAGGGCAAGAAGAAGAAGGGAGAGCGACAGCAAGGGAAAAAGGGUCAAUCAUAACCGUCACAAGCGCCACCAUGAUUUUGAAAUCGUCUCAUAAUUCUUUUCCUGGAAGGGGAAUCACUGGAAAUCAGCUGACGGGGGGGCAACACGAGUCUACAGCUUCUCACAUCCAAACGCAUGGAUUUCAGCAAGAAAAGAUGUCUUCUGAGUUCUUACCUUUUUUUGCCGCAUGAGCAUGACAUAAAAAAAAAUAAAAAAAAAGACUCAUCUGUUUCUGUCAACUAUACAGAGCAUCCAACACAGGUAAGGUAGCUGAAGGCUGAGGCCCACCCAGUUACUACAGCCUCACAGACUGGUACGAUGCAUCGGAAACCUCCACAGGGCAACACCCACCCACCCCCACACACCCCCCAAAGCAAUUUUCCGUGACCAAAGAUGGCACAACUUUAAGCAGUAUACUGAGAAGACAGGGACAGACAGUGGGAGGAGCACUGAAUCACCUUCAACACUCGCCUUACGUUGAUCCUCUUGGACCCAUGGGAUGUAUAAUGCUGUUGGAUUUGUUUUUUUUGUUUUGUUUUGUUUUGUUUUUCUUUUCUUUUGGGAUUUUCUUGUAUAUAAAUUACACUGUAUAAAUUCUUUUGAAGAAAAAAAAAGAAGAAAAAAGUAGCUUACAAAUUGUUGAUGCACUGUCUGAGACCUUUUCAGAUAUGAUGACAUGAAAUGAAUUGCCAACAUUGAUUCCAACGAUUAAGGAAAGGCUUGGGUCUGACUUGUAAUAUUGUUAGCAAAUUGAAAAAAAAAAGUUUGUAAAUGACACACAAAAAAAAGAGCUAACCUGAUUUUAACAGCGAGCGUUUCUUUCAAUAACACUGCACUUACUCUCCUACACAACACACCUAAACAUGGGAACAUCCGUAGAGUGCUUCUCACAAUACUUUCUCAGAGUACUAAUAUUUUGAUGCAUGUAAUUCACAACUACUCAAAUUAUGUUUUUUUUUUUUUUUUUUUUCUAAAUUGCAAACACUGCAUUGUGACGUACGUGGAAGGAGGCAAGGGGUGCUGUCUGUGUGUCCACAUUUCUGCCAUAUCUGUCACUAACUGUUUUGUAUGCGAGGGAGGGAAAGAUUCCACAGAGCAUUGCGGAAAAUUUUAAGAAUUUGAUUGAAUGGAUGCGAAUGGGAAUACCUCAAUUCAUGCCUCUUGAUGGCACAGAAACACACAGCGUAGACUAAUGUGAGGAGCAAGGGAUUCUGGGGGAAAUGAAUGGGCCUAAAUAACAACCCGAAUGUAUCAUGUAGACCGGCACGCUGUAAACGUUUUAACUGUUAUCAUCUGUAUUGGCUAAAGGAUGUUGAAAUCUCCCACAGCCAAUCAUCUGUGAUCAUUCAAGCAGUGUAUUACUAGAUUCUUUUUUUUUUUUUUUUUUUUUUUUUUAAAGAAAGCUGCUGUGGUUCAAAAGGGGCAUUUUUAUUUGGGUUUUUUGUGAAAUUUUAAUUUCUGAUGAUAUCGGUUCGUAUGACAGGCACCAACGGCAUUCAUUGAUACUAGAUCUGGUAACAUACUGUAUGGCAAGAAGAAAACAUACACUGGAUGAUCUGAUUAAUUAUUUAAGCAUAAAAUAAAUUGUGUUUAAACCCAAA